AUGGCGCCUCCGAGACUUGAACGUGACACGAAGGCGGAGGAAGAUAUAUCCUUCGAAGAUUUCCCUCGUGGCAUCGCAUCCUUCCGGGAAGAGGAGUCCAGGAAGGAGCGACGCGGGGCCGACAGCGUCGCCAAGCAGGAAGAAGAUUGUUCCUUCCAGUACUUCCCUCGGAGCACCGCAGUAUCUUCGGAAGAGCGGCGCAAGAUGCCCCCCUGCAGGGCCAAGAAAGCGGGCAGAUUCAAGUGUAGGUUUUGCGAUUACUGCAGCGAUCGUUCAUGCCACGUUGAGGUACACGAGAGGACCCACACGGGUGAGAAGCCGCACUUGUGCCCCUUGUGUCCCAAGUGCUUUGCAGGGAAGGGUAGCCUGAGAAAGCACAUCCGGGACACACACAAGGACCGUGGCAUCUACGAGUGCUCCACCAGCGGGGCUUUCCUGCGGCAAGAGCGCCUUCGAGAAUACGAGAUGGCGCAUAUCUCAAAGGCAUAUUCACACGAGCGACAACCUCACGGAAGAUUCUAG